AUGGGCAAGGCGAAUCGCCUUCAGAGGGGCAAGCAGCACAAGGGCCGUCGCACAAGGGAGACCCCUCGCCCGGAGGAGAGUGUGGCCGCUGCCAAAGCAGGACCUGGCCCAGCUCCCAGUGGCUCGAGCUCCUCGGGGACGACCUUCAAGGUCUUGGUGCUCGCGCCACGGCGCUUCAUUCGCCUCUUCGAGGCUCAACCGCCGUAUUUGGCUGGAACUCCGGGCGUUAUCCUGCCAGAUGACAUCCCUGGCACUCCGCUGAGCACAACCACGGCCCCGCUCGCUGGCCAGACCACAUGCAAGGUCAUGCUUAUCCCGGGCCUUGCUGUGCACAUCUGUACCUCCCCGCAGGUGAUCCCUACGCCUCCCACAUUCUUCUCUGAGAUUGUCCAGGAGCGCCUCUACCGUCUAUAUCGCUGGGUGGUAUCGCCGCCACCGCCAUCGCGAUAUGUCAGGCCACCACCAGCUUUGGCACCGACGCAGGUUGAUGGUCGUGAAAACUCGGACCGCACUGCACGCCCGACAGUCCAGAUCCACUCGGACAGCGAUACGGACGGAGAUGAAGUGGUGGUGCUUCUACCGGGUCCAGGCGGGCAAGAAAAACCACCGGAGGUAGUCAGCACAGCCUCCUCCCUCGAGCCUCCGGCUUCCUCGAGCUCUCAGUGUACACCUCCGACUUCGGGUCCCGAGAAGCGGCGUCAGCUCCUGGCCAAUGUGAUGAUGCGAGCGGCCGAAGACGGAAGCCUUGCCAAGGCCCUCAGCCGAGUCCGGUGGUCUGAGUCCGAAGAUGCACCACCAGGGCACACGGAUUCUGAGAGCGACACCGUGGAGGCGCUGGAACCCGGAGAUGGUUUGCCACCCCCGUCGCCGGAGAACAUACUGCGUGCGGACCCAGCAGCCUCCACUCUCCUGUCGCACACCUUCCAAGGAAUCUCCCCUCCGGAGACCAUGCUGGAGAAUGUCCCAGAGAUGGUGAAGCUCCUGCCUGCCUCGGUGGCCUCACAGGAUCCGCCCAGUACGUGCCAGCCUCUGCCUACGAGGCGAUGGCGACGGCACACCAAACGGGUGCGGCCUGAGAAGCGCAGCUCUACGUCCAGUUCUAAUGAUGACAGCUCCUCUGGUCGGUUGGGGCGGAGCCAAGGCCACGAGCCCCGCCGUUUCACAGACACGGGCAUGACUCAGCCUGGCACUCCGACCAGCCCGGCAUAUAUGUGCGCUUCCCCUGCAUCUCCUGUGAGAAUCUUCAUGCGCCUUGCAGUAGUGAUGUUCUCACUGCCCAGGUCCUUGGGUGCUGCUCAUGGACAGUGGUCUUUUUGCGAGGCCCUCAGUCUGCCGCGCUACCUUCGCUUACCAGUAGCCUGCCACACACAUCAGUGGAGCCCCCAGCAGGCCAUGCUUCUGUCACCCAGCCGUUUUAGCCCUGAGCCACACGCUGGUGCCUCCUUCUCUGGGCCAUGGCACCUGUUCGCAAGCGGCCAGCCGGUCGUUCCUCCGGACACAGACUUCAAAGCCUGCCUCUCGCGCUGCAACCAGAGCUACCUCUACGACUCUGGCGAAGUCCGCGCCUCCGACUCGGACCAGAUCGAUCGAGAAAUGGCGGCUCGAGGCCUUCCACCGCCCCCAGUUCCACCUCUCUGUGAAAACGAUGAGCCGCGUGGUCCGCCGCCUCCACGACCAGUCCGGUAUGAUGAUGCCCCUGGCUCGCUCAGUGAAUCAGAGGGUCCGUGCAUCACGGAUAACAGCUCGCUGCUCUCCCUUGUGGCCGCUGUAAACGGAGUUAGCAGCAUUCUGCAGGCCCCCAGCGAUGCACAUGCCACAGGCAUCAAGCGUGCAUACAACCGGGCAGUCAGACGAGCACAAGCGAGCCCCUUGCAGGGAACCUUCUAUCGUGGCCGAUGGUGCUCCUUUCGAGCACCUGUCCUCUCGCCGCAGCCUCGGAUGGAUCGUCGUCCCCAGCUGCAUGCUGCUGCCCCUGCCUCUGCCGCCAGGCUUCUGCAUGUCUCUUACAAUGCGGGUGGGCUGACGGGUGAAUCCUACCAGGAGUUGAUGCAGUGGCUAGCCCAGCUGCCUCCAGAGCAGUGCCCAACGAUAGUGCACAUCCAGGAAACGCAUUGGUCGCACGAUCAGGAAUACAGCACACCAGGCUGGCACAUCAUAUCGUCGGCCUGCUCCUCCCCUAAGGCAGGGGGUCUCCUCACCCUAGUCAGCGCUCAGCUAUGUUCGGCAAAUCAGAUCUCAUCCUCCUCUCGCGUCGCAGGCAGGCUGCUCCACGUACGUAUCGAUCUGGGAGAUCGUACGGUGGAUGCAAUUAACACCUACCAGAAGGUUUAUCAUUCGGGCAGCACGAGAAUCGAGAAAGGUCAGACUCAAACCGCGGCCGAUCAGCGCAAGGACGUCUGGACAUCUCUUCGUGGUCUCCUUAAAGAGAUUCCGAUCCGUCACCAUUUAAUUUUGUCUGGUGACUUCAACUCGCCUGCCCCGCUCAUCCCCGAACUGGUGGGAAGCAAGGCCAGGGCAUUUCGCACACCGAUGGUCCCAGACCUGGCUGCCUUGGAGGCACUGCUCGUAGAUUUUCAGCUGCUUCAUCUUAACAGUUGGCCACCGCCGAUAUGCCUGCCCGCGGCGGCAGCCCCUGCAACUGGCCUCUGGCGACUUGGAGACAAGGGGGCCUACGCAACGCCUGUCGCGACCCGAGUCAUCCAGGAAUUCGGCACCUACGUGAAUGUGGCAAGCCUAUCACUGCUGGCGGCAUGGACCGACGACAGGACUCGCGAAGCUAAACGGGCCUGGUUUCACGAUCAAAUUCUUGGUAUGGAGCGAGCAUCUGCUGCCGGGGACGUUAGUCCCAACGGUGAGCUUUGGUCCUCUACGCAACAGGUGGACUGCCUCAAAACCUUCUUUCAGGAUCUGUAUGCGCCGGAGGACGAACCGGCACCCACGGCGGCGGUUGUUGCCUGUGCUGAUCUUCUUGCGCCCUGGCUCAGUGACAAGGACGCAGCACAGGGGAGGCGCUGCAUCGUGUGUUCAGCCACUGUCACGAAGUGCUGGCAAGCCCUCAUCCCCAUCCUCUGCCUCCAAGCGGAAACGGCCCAAGUUCCUAUUGAGCUGAGGGUACAAUUACUUGAGUUCUACAGAGGUCUGCUCAUGCGUCGACUGGCCCGCGCGACCUCAUCUGAGUGGGUUGUCUACUCCACCCGAGAUUUGCUUCUGUCCAUCGACAGGCUCGGCCAUGUUUUACAACUGCUCAUUGAUGCACGCAUGAAAGUCAAUAUUGACAAAUCCGUGAUUCUCCUCUCUAUCAAUCACUCCUAUGCCAGCCGCUGGCGACGUAGGGAAAUUCUCUCUGACAAGGAGGGCCCGCGCCUACGAAUCUCGACACCCACGGCAGGCAACUUCAAGAUGCCAAUAGUGACUACUCACAAGUAUCUGGGAGCCAUUAUCUCCUACCAGGAGGACUGUACGCAGCUUACGGUGGCGUAUAGAUUGCGCCAAACAUGGGCGACCUGGACCCGACUUCGACCUGCCCUUACCUCAGCCUCGGCACCUGCUCUCCCCUUGCGACUUCGUCUCUGGCAGGCAUGCAUUCCUCCCACCGCUCUCUAUGCACUAGACAGCCUUCCGCUGCAACAGCAACACCUGGUACAAAUUCAGAGAGCCUUGACGAAACAGCUGCGUGCUGUAGCCAAGUCCCAGGCACAUCUGACAGGCGAAUCCACAAUUGCUUUACAUCAUCGCCUCCGGGUUCCCCUGGUGUUAGAUGCGUUGCGACAGGCCUCUCACCGCCGAGCAGCCCGUUGGGCCGCCAUCCCUCCUGAGGAAGCCCAUCUUCUCAACCGCAUGUGGCAAACACGCAUUGAUGAAGCCCUUCAGAAGCUCGACUCCCCCCUUCAGCCGCUGUUGGAAGCCCCCACGGCUCCCUCGACAAGCUCUGCCCUGCAGGACAACCCAUCAACCAAGGGCGCUCUGGAAUCGGGAAUGCACGAAGAAGGAUGGCCAAAGAUCGGGAGCGUCCAGGCCGCUUCAACCGCGACCAACACUCAGUUAGUGGGAUGCCGACCUGUCGUCUCUGCGGGCACCGCUUCUCUCGUUGGAGUGGUCUUCGCUGCCAUAUUGACAAGGGAUCAACGCGAAUUGGGCCUCUUCCAGAACUUCAUGACACCGCCGGCGGGAAUGGACGCAGCUCAACUCAAGCGCCGACGGGGGGAGGAGCCGGAGGCACAACAAGCCCUAUUCCUGAACCACUCGUCCGGCUCCCAGGCCUCAGCGUCGACCAUGACGUUCGCCAACACGAGCUCGGAACCCAAGGGCAAAGGGAAGGGCAAGCAGCCCAAGGGCAAAGGACGGGGCAAAGGGGGCAAAUCACGCCCAGCUGCCCAGCAGUCGUGGAACGAUCACUGGAGCUCGGACCAGUCUUGGUCCAGCGGCCACUCCUGGACUUCCUCCGGCGACCUGACCGGUCAAAUGGCCCGCCUCCUUCUCCGCCACGAGCAGCAGCUGCAGAGCAUCCAACAGGACUACAAGCUGCAUCUCUAUCUCCGCAGUGGGAAGGAAUCCUUUCUUCCCAAUCUAUGCGAGAUUGCAAAGGAAUGGAGCCGCCUUCGUCGCGACGAACCGGGGAAGAUCAACAGUCCGCUGCGCACUCUCCUCCUCCGAGCCACCUUGCAGGAGAUGGAGACCCGGAUCAAGCUCACCAUCAGCAAGGAGAAGCAGACGGCCAUCGACAUGCAGUGGUACAAGGAGGAGGAGGGCUGGACUUACAUGCAGUGGAAUGCACAAAAAGGACAGCUCGAACUUCAAGCUACUCCGAGUCCACUUGCCACCGAGACCCUCCUCGAACUCCUCCGAGAGCUUCGCACCCUUGUGAAUCCAGACCCUGUGAAGAAAUUCGCGUCACUUCGCGGACUUCCACAGGAACCCCAGUCCGAAUGGAUCCACUUUCAGCUGGAGCUGGGGUUUCGACCACAGGGGGAUCGCAUGUGGGAAAUCUUUCAGAUGCUGCUCAACCAGAGUUGCCUCCACCCUCUCGGAGCGUUGGUGAAACCAACCACUCCAUUGGCCUCGACCUCAGCCUCUUCCGGUAUACGUCGUUUUCUCAGAGUGUCCCGGGAUCUGCCCUUAGAUACUGCCUGCUCCUCGCCCUCAUUUGCGCCCUCAGAAGUCCCCUUGCACUUUCAGCCAUUGCUUCAUGCAGCCCUCCACAAUGCAGAUGGCACUGCCUGCUACAUGAACACAGCUUUUAUUGCCCUGCUGUGGGCACUUGGCUGCUAUGAUCCCACUCGAUCUGGCUCAUUGUGCAGCUUAUAUCAGUGCUUGACUGCGAGGUCGGACCUUCGAUUGAUGCGCAACAUGUGCUGGACCAUGUUGCUGGGGAACUGGGCCAGGCCCAAUCAACAACACGACAUGCACGAAUUUCUGCUUCACCUCAUGCCGAGAGUCCGAUUGGAGGCCUUCAGCGGUUUGUGGCAAACUCGCAGACUGGAGGACACAGGCACUGUGGUCUGUGCAUCUUCCAAUGCAUUACUCCCGGUCACUGUUGACCUGCCCCUGGAGGCACGGGGGCUUCAGCAUUGCGUACAAGAGUGGUCUGCCCAGCAUUAUCAUACCGCCUUCGAUGGAACCAUGCCUAAUCUCCUUUGUCUCCACUUGUCGCGCUACAGGCGUGAUGAUGAAAGGGGCAUUCUCAGCAAGGAUGAUCAGGCUCUCCCGGACUGGUCUGAAGUGAUACGCAUUCCGCAAUUCGCGACGUCACAUGACAUUCAGAAGCACUGGAGACCCUAUCAGGUGUGUGCCAUGGCUCUCCACUACGGUCCUGCCUUGCACCAGGGGCAUUACCGCUGUCUGACGCGAUGGGGUCAAAAUCCAGUGCGAGUCUGGUUGCAUGACGACAAUCAUGCAGCUGUGCCCCUCUCUCUGCCAGACUCUGUUGAGCUCAGUCGCAAAGCCUAUCUGAUAUGGGCAAUGCGAAUGGACUGA